AUGGGAAGAUACAACACGAAGAGAACAGAGAUGAAAAAAGUGGUCUCGUUUUUUUUCCCCCUUUGUGUUAUCACCCUCCUCGCCUACUUGAACGAUGUGAAAUUGGCAGGAUGUAAGGACACGACUGAACAAGAGGAACAAAACAAAAAAGGGCUCUACUCCUUCGUGUCACUGAAGUUCAUACCCUUCAUCGUGCACUCACUAAUCCACACGGGGGUUAAUCAAAUCCCCAGGGAAGUGGAAGAGAAGCAUAUUUACAAUUUUGAAAAAAGUCCAGCAGUUAGAUAUAUGCUCAUAGCUCAGGAGCGCCGUGAUAACUUCAUGUACAUUUGUUUUCUCGUCGUAUCUUUUGUGGUGGUCAUUUUAAUCGCAAUUUUUAUUUUUAAAUUUUUUUUCAACCUUUGA